UGUGUAGUAUAGUAGUACAUAAACAGGGAAUUGUGGGUCUUCUCAAGAUUUGUCAAAAAUUACUCAAUAACAAAUAUUUAGGACACAGUUAUUUGAUCAAGUUUACAAUUAUGAUCACAAUUCGUUUAUCAUGAUUAGUCACUGGUUUGUCAUGUGAAUACUAUCACAAAAGUGUUAUUGUUUUUUAAAGAUGCUGCAAAGUAAAUGCCGUCAUUCAAUAGCAUUGCCAUUGGAUUCUUGCUCAUUUUGCAAUUCAACACCUGAAAGUUUGUUGGAUGUGUGUUUCGACUAUAUUAACAAUCACUUGGAUACGAUAUGUGUGGCCAACCAAUUUGGAAAUUUACAACUAAGGGAAGGGGUUGCCCUGCCGGUUGAGAUUAGCGAACGACUUUUAAGUGUUAGGUCCAAUAGUUUAAAUCACAUUAAUUCAAAGUUUAUUAAUAUAUUUAGUGAUACAACUUGUACAAGAUUAAAAAGAGUUAAGUUAAGAAAAACGCAAAUAGGUAAUGAAGACUUGGAGGUUUUACUAAAACAUAGAUUACUUGAGUUGGAAAUAUCACAUAGUCCUGAUCUAACAUCAAAAUGUGUGAAAUUGUUAACUGAAUACGGAACUAGCCUGAAUUCUCUUAUCAUUGAAGAUACAAAUAUUUUCCCCAAAAACAUUUAUGGUCACCUAAAAUUUACAGAGGAACAUUAUGAUAAGGGAUUUAUAUUUUUAGCACCUGCAUUGAAAAAAUUAUCCCUCAGAGGAUUACAAGAACUGCAAUCAGAUUUUUAUAUGUUGUUACUAAAUCAACUAAUGAAUUUAACACAUCUAGAUCUAUCCAACUGUAGCCAUUUACAAAAUUUUGAUUAUACAGAACAUUUAACAAAUUUAACAUCCCUUAUUUUAUACAAUGUGGAUAAUAUAGAGUGCAAAAUUACUGCUAUCUGUAAAUUAAAAUUGUUAAGGCAUUUAGAUAUAUCAACUUCAAAGGAAGACAGGGGUAAAUAUAAUAAAGGAAACGAAAUAUUGACUACAAUUGUGGAAAGCCUGCCUCGUUUAACAUCUCUAGAUAUAUCUGGAACAAAUUUGGCAGGAACAGGAGUCGCUGAACAUAGCAAUGGAUCUUAUGCAUCUGAUAUACCUGGGUUGAGUUCAAGAGUUACCAAUCCUUUUCAAUAUUUAGGGUUGUACGAAACAUCACAUGAUGCUUGUUUGAGAUAUGAUAUUCCAGCCAAAUUGAUUGCUGGUAAUGCUAAUGAAGAACAAAUACUAAUAGCUGCAUUGGCAUUCUUAGAUAGACCUGAAAUGUUACAAAAAAUUCUAAAUGAGUUAUUUCAUGUUUUUCGUUUUGAUAGCUGUGAAUAUGUGGGCCAGACCCUCAACAUUGUGCUGGAAGCAAUGGGAAGGCAUAUGCAUGAAAGACAUAUUCAAAUAUCUGGAAGUGCAACACUAUUUUAUAUAGUAAAAGGUACAGGGAAAGAACUUCAUGACGUAGUAAAAGUGAAGCGACGCAUCAUCACAACGUUACUCAACGGGAUGAGUUUACACAGAGAUGACGAUACAAUGAUGCGCAAUGGUUGCCUAACUUUGUGCCAGUUUAAAAUACCCAUGGACGUGUUGUUUGAUUAUGAGCGCUUGGUGGAUAUUUUGCUUCACUCAGUUCAUGGGAUGCAACAGGAAAGUUUUGUACAAAGAAUAGGAAUCUAUUUAUUAAAUUCUUUGGCUUGUCAAGUGGAUGGGCAGCAAAAAGUUAAGUUGGGGGAUCUGGGAGCAAUAAGUAAAAUGAUAUGGUUAAUAUCGGAAAGACUGAAAAAGAAUCUGUGCGAUGAUGUUUUGGAAGUAGCAUGGUCGACGAUGUGGAAUGUAACCGAUGAAACUCCAUCGAAUUGUCGGAAAUUUUUAGAAUGCAAUGGCAUGGAAUUUUUCUUGUCAUGUUUAGAGAAAUUUCCCGAUAAGGAAGAACUACUAAGAAAUAUGAUGGGUUUGCUUGGAAAUGUGGCCGAAGUCCAGGAGCUGCGUCACUACCUGCUUACUUCGGAAUAUUUGGAGGUUUUCUCAAACUUAUUGGACUCUCGGAGUGACGGCAUAGAAGUCAGUUACAAUGCGGCCGGAGUCAUAUCACAUAUUGCAUCGGACGGACCCGAGGUGUGGAAUGUGGCAAAUCCAUCAAGAGCAGCCGUUUUGAAAAAAAUGGUUUCAGCCAUAGAAAGAUGGGACAUAAGCUCGCAGAGAAACAUCAACUACCGAUCUUUUGAACCCAUCUUGUACUUGGUUAAGGUUUAUCACACUCCAGAGUGUCAGUACUGGGCUGUGUGGGCUCUAGCCAAUCUAACAAAGGUUUAUCCGGAAAAAUAUUGUAGUCUUAUUGAAAAAGAGGGGGGUUUGGAUCUACUAAAAAAACUAAUGAAAACGCCAGGGCCACCUUGUGCAGUAAAGCUGUUGGCCGGAAUAGUGGUGGAAAAUUGUAAGCAACAUAAUGAAUGGCAAGGAAUCGAAGCUCAUUUUGAUGGUUAAAACUAAUUUUUCUUGCUCUGGCUCGGCGAAAUUGAAUAAAAUUUAAUUGUGAUUGAAGACCAAUAAUUUACCUCAACAUAAUGUUUUUUGUUACAAAGAGGUUUUUAGAGGUUUCUGAUGAUUACGAUUUCAUUUGUGAAACGGAACUGCGCGAAAUUCAAUUUACAUUAUGUUUUAAUUUAUUUGUAGGAUUUUUUUUAAGUACUAAAAUAUUUUUAAAUAUGUGACGCAAUCUGAGAAAACGUCGAAUGUAGGUAGGUCUUCUCUCAGAUGUCCUCACACAUUGUGAAGAUUAAUCAAGG